AUGUGGUCAACGAAGCUCCUCGUUUCGCUUUUCAUCGGCGCCGUCGUGGCCCAGAGUAAGGUGACGGUCUUGCACAAAGCACAUAACCUCUCUUAUGUAGGAGUCGGCUUGCAAGGCACCGAACAGUUUCUGGGAAUAAAUUAUGGUCAGGAUACAUCGGGGCCCAACCGCUUCAAGCCUCCCAGCGCCUUCCCCUAUCCUACUGGCACCACUGUCCAGGCCACAGCCGCGGGGCCAGCCUGCCCUCAAAACACCAUUCUGUCAUUUCUUGGUGCCAUCAGCGAGAACCCAGGUGUCUACAAUAUUUCUGAAGAUUGUCUGAGUCUUCAAGUCGUCAGACCGGCAGGAACCAGACAGAACGCGAAUCUUCCGGUGAUGGUUUGGAUCUACGGCCAGGGAUUCGAAUCGGGCUCGUACAAUUAUUCGCUCUACAAUCCUACUGCUCUAGUAGCCGGGUCCGCUGCCAAAGGCACACCCGUGAUUUAUGUGGCCAUGAAUUACCGUGUCAAUGUGUUUGGGUUCGCCAACAGUCCAGCACUCAGGUCGGAAGGAUCACUCAAUGCUGGUCUGCUUGACCAGAGACUGGCACUCCGCUGGGUUCAAUCGAACAUCGUGGCUUUCGGCGGGAACCCAAGGAAUGUGACCAUCUUCGGAGAGAGUAGCGGUGCCACUAGCGUAGGAUUGCAUCUAACUUCGAAUGGUGGCAAUGGGACUGCGCCUUUCCGACGCGCCAUCCUUCAAUCUGGUGGCCCAACAGGGGAUCCAGGUCUUACGGGCAAUAUUACCGCCAAUAACACAGCUGCAGUCGCCCAGUUGGCUGGUUGUACCUCCACCAACGACAGCCUGGUCUUGGCAUGUCUUCGCGAUAUCGCUGCAGACUCGCUCUUGAACGCUGUUCUCCAGUUCGAGAACACUACAACAGCAGGCGGUUCAUUCCAAGACAUCUUCUUCCCAACAGUGGAUGGAAGCUAUGUGCCUGCGGCGCCGUCAACGCUUCUCCGUACAGGUCGCCUUCACAAGAACGUCUCGAUCAUUACCGGAUGGAAUGAAAACGAUGGCAGCAUCUUCGCGCCCCCCACGUUGAAUGCCUCGACCGCGGUCCAGACAUACCUACGGUCGGCAUACCCACAUCUCAACUCCACCACGAUAUCAACCCUGCUCUCCCUCUAUCCGCUUAACGACUUUACGGUUGCGGCGCAGAUGUUGAAGAUUUCACCGUAUUUCCUCCAGGCAUCGCAGAUCUACCGCGACGUCAAUUUCGCAUGCCAGUCCCUUGACGUGGCUCACCGCGUCGCCCAGCGCGGUAGUGCCAGCUACCUCUACGUUCUCAACACGACGUCCCUCGCCAGCGUGCUGUCCCUGUUCAACGCCAGCUUCGAGGGAGUGAUUCACUUCUCUGACGUGCCAUUCGUGUUCGACCAACCCAACGUCGGCUUUGGGACCACCGCCGCGGCGAAUCUCACAGCAGCAAGAAUGUCCGGCAGCUGGGCUCGUUUCGCAACGACAGGCCACCCCAGCGGUAAUCCCGAUGUGACGCUCGCAGGAUGGACGCAGGCGUACACGAGGGCUGAGGCGGCGAAGACGGGCCAGAACGUCACCAGGGCGACGGUUAGGGUGAUUGGCGGGCCGAAUGCGGGUAAUGCAAACUUGUCCACGGCCGCGAGGGAUGUCGUCGAGCCAGGCCUACUGCGGAGGUGCGCUUUCAUCAAUUCGGCGGCGUUCUACCAGCAGCUGCAGACGUAG